AUGAUGAAAAAUGACACCCUCGCUGAUCUUACUCUGGGCGUCCUGUCGAUGUGGAAACUUGGUCAACCGCCAGUGUUCGAGUAUGACAUAAACAAGCGAUUUAACUCGUUGUUGAAUAAUGUACCCGAUUUCACGCCAGAUGUAAGGUCGCUGUUCUUCAAAACCUCGGUAGAUAUGAUUACUGCGCAGUCGACGGGCAGCCAGUCCGGCAUGUUGUUUGAAGAGUACAAGAAAGCUCGGAUCGCGAGUUCCAUUGCCAAACAAACCUACGACUUCGUUGCUUACAUGCAGGGCCUGCGGGUGACAGAAGACGAAAGGCAAGCCGUGUCGGAAAUGAUUGGUUAUGGUGUUUUGAGCCUAUCCCUGUCAAAUGACUACUACAGCUUUCACAGAGAGUUUGACGACCAUUUUCGUUCUGGAAGCCUUGAUGCAGUCCACAAUGCAAUGGCACUGCUGAUGACCGAGUAUGGCUAUACCGAGCUUGAAGCAGGAGAUAUCCUGAAGCGCGAGGUACUCGGCGCGGAAAAGAACCUGAUGGAGAAAUACAGACAAUGGGAACAAUCGUCGGAAACGAAGUCGGAUGAUCUUCGGUCUUACCUCAUACUUUUCAUUCUAUCAAUUGGCGGAGCAAAUUACUGGCAGGCUCAAACUCCCAGAUAUAGUGACGAUGGGUUUAUAACCACCGUCGAGGAUCGAGCUCGGCUGCUUCAACCGCGAAGGGCCCCGGUGUUUAAACUAGAAGGACAUCCGCCUCCAGCAGCACUCGAUGAGAGUCAGGAAAAGACUGUGAAUGGAGAGAGUCAUGAAGCAGGUUGCCUGGGACCCAAAGUUGCAAACGGCACUGUCUUGGAAGUUGAUGUUUGUGCACCUUUUCAGGUUGCCGAUGCCGACCAGAUUUGCAUGGCUCCGUUCAACUAUAUAAAGGCUCUUCCUGGCAAGAACACCUUGGUCAAAUUCAUCAAUUGCCUAGGAGUGUGGUUCAGUGUACCAGACGAUAUCGCUUCAGUCCUGAAAGAGGUCGCGGUAAUGCUUUUCAAUUCAACACUGCUACUCGAUGAUAUCGAAGAUGGUUCAACACUUCGGCGUGGUAGACCCGCUGCCCAUCUUGAAUUCGGACUCAGUCAGACUGUCAACACCGCCACGUUUCUGCAUGCGGAGGUCGUCGGCCGUAUUCUAAAGCAUCUUGGUCCUGAUUGUUUGAAAAUAAUACUAGAGGAAAUCAAAACCCUUGCUCGCGGUCAGGCGCUAGAUCUUAACUGGACGUUCAACAAGACUCGUCCGACUUUCAAUGAGUACUUCAUAAUGGUCGAUCAUAAGACCGGAGGCUUUUUUCGACUGUUACUACGUGCCCUGUGCUCUCUGACAAGCACUGAAGUCGACCCUGACCUGGAACAUCUGAUUACCCUCAUUGGGAGAUAUUAUCAAAUCCGCGACGACUAUCAGAAUCUCGCGUCUGAUGAGUAUACCGCAAGGAAAGGAUUCUGCGAUGAUCUAGACGAGGGCAAGUUCUCGUUUCCAGUCCUCCACUUGCUCGAGCAUAGUUCCAAGUCAGACGAGCUAUUCAACAUCAUAUACAGACAGGACAAGAAGGCGCAGAUGUCGCAUGCCGACAAGCUACAUAUUCUGGCCGAGAUGAAAGAGUGCGGGAGCCUGACGUAUACAUUGGAGGUGCUAGAGAAGCUGUUCACUACGAUGAUGGAAACGCUGGACAGAGUAGAGGAGAAGACGGGCAAGAACAAGCCUCUGCGCUGUUUGAUGCUCAUGUUGAAACUAUAG